AGUGUAGUAUUAAAGUUUGAUCAAAUAUUCCAACCAUUACCUAUAAUCUAAUCCACCAAAAGGAGUUCAGAAGCUUGAACCUAGGCCAUCCCCAAAAUCCCAUUCCAUAGUGAAGGAGUAUGGGAGUAGAUUACUAUAAGAUUUUGCAGGUUGACAAGCAUGCCACCGAUGAAGAGUUGAAGAAAGCUUACAGAAAGCUUGCAAUGAAAUGGCACCCCGAUAAGAAUCCAACCAAUAAGAAAGAGGCUGAGACUAAGUUCAAGCAGAUAUCCGAAGCUUAUGAGGUUCUGAGUGAUCCCCAGAAGAGAGCAAUCUAUGAUGAAUACGGAGAAGAAGGGCUUAAAGGGCAAGUGCCACCUCCAGAUGCCGGUGGCCAUACAUUCUUCCAAACUGGAGAUGGCCCAACAACGUUCAGGUUCAAUCCAAGAAACGCAGAUGACAUUUUUGCUGAGUUUUUCGGGUUCUCGAGCCCGUUUGGUGGUGGUGGUGGCGGCGGCGGCAAUGGCAUGAGGGGUGGUUCCUUCGGUGGAAUUUUUGGUGAUGAUAUAUUUAGUUCAUUUGGAGAAGGAAGGACCAUGAGUCAGCAAGGUCCACGCAAGGCACAUCCCAUCGAAAAGACAUUGCCUUGCACCCUUGAGGAACUCUAUAAGGGCACUACGAAAAAAAUGAAGAUCUCUAGGGAAAUUGCUGAUGCAAGCGGGAAAACUUUGCCGGUGGAAGAAAUCUUGACCAUUGACAUUAAACCCGGGUGGAAAAAGGGGACAAAGAUCACAUUCCCUGAAAAAGGAAAUGAGCAGCCAAAUGUUAUUGCUUCGGAUCUUGUGUUUGUUAUUGACGAGAAACCCCACCCUGUGUUUACCAGAGAUGGUAAUGAUUUGGUUGUGACACAAAAGGUGUCACUUGAGGAAGCUCUAACGGGCCACAUUGUCCAUCUUACAACACUUAAUGGCAGGGUUCUCAAAAUUCCCAUAAACAAUGUUAUUCAUCCAACCUAUGAAGAGGUGGUCCCCAGAGAAGGUAUGCCAAUUCCAAAAGACCCUUCGAAGAGAGGUAAUCUUAGGAUCAAAUUCAACAUCAAAUUCCCAGCAAAGUUGACGUCAGAGCAGCAAGCCGGAAUUAAGAAACUUCUGCCGUAUUGAACUGUAUCUUGUUGUGUAUAGUCUUCCAAUUUGCUCUCAUUCUUCUCUGUCUCCUCUUUUAUUUUAGGUGGCUUUCGUUUGUGUAGUUUGCGUGUAAUAUGUUUAGAGUUGGGAGAGGCAAUGGUAUGACAUUUUGAAAAACGGUUGAUUUUGAUGGUAUACUUAAAAUUGUGGUAGGAUGUGUUGAUAGUUAAACUUUGGACGUAAUAGCUAUAUGAUUCUGAAAA